AUGUUCUCGGCCCUGAAGAAGCUGGUGGGCUCGGAGGCGGGCCAGGCCCGGGAGAAGCCCAUCCCGGCCGGGCUGCAGUCGAUGAACCAGGCGCUGCAGCGGCGCUUCGCCAAAGGCGUCCAGUAUAACAUGAAGAUCGUCAUCCGGGGCGACCGCAACACGGGCAAGACCACCCUGUGGCACCGCCUGCAGGGGAAGAAGUUCCUGGACGCCUACGUCCCCACGCAGGAAAUCCAGGUCACCAGCAUCCACUGGAACUACAAGACGACCGACGACAUCGUCAAAGUCGAAGUGUGGGACGUGGUCGACAAAGGUGUGGCAGGCAAGUGCAAGAGGCGAGGCGACGGGCUGAAGCUGGAGAACGACCCCUCCCAGGAGGCCGAGGCGGCCCUGGCCCUGGACGCCGAGUUCCUGGACGUCUACAAGAACUGCAACGGCGUGGUCAUGAUGUUUGACAUCACCAAGCAGUGGACCUUCAACUACGUCCUGCGCGAGCUGCCCAAGGUGCCCAACCACGUCCCCGUCUGCGUCCUGGGCAACCACCGGGACAUGGGCCAGCACCGGGUCAUCCUGCCCGACGACGUGCGCGACCUGAUCCGCAGGAUCGACAGGCCGCCCGGCGCCUCCUACGUCCGCUACGCCGAGUCCUCCAUGAAGAACAGCUUCGGCCUCAAGUACCUCCACAAGUUCUUCAACAUCCCCUUCUUGCAGCUGCAGAGAGAGACGCUCCUUCGUCAGCUGGAAACGAACCAAUUAGACAUCGACGCCACACUAGAGGAGCUGUCGGUCCAGCAGGAGACGGAGGACCAGAACUAUGAGAUAUUCCUGGAAGCCCUGGAGUCCCGCAGCCGGGGGGCCGCGCCCCCCGAGACCCCGUCGCCGGGUCCCCCCUCGCCGCCCGGCAACGCCCCGGAGGGGGGGUCCGGCCCGGCCACCCCCAACCCCGCCGAGACCCCCGGCGCCGAAAGCCCCGCCCCCCAAGCGGCCCCCCAAGCGGCCCCCCGGCGCAGCUUCAUCGCCAGGAUCUUCGGGGCGGCGGCGGACCCCCCGACGGUCGAGGACUUUGCCCCGGACGACCGGCUGGAGGGGCGAUUCCUGGACGACCCCACGGCGCCCCCCGCUGGACCCCCAGAAAACAGCAGCCAGGAAGGUGAGGCGCGCGGGAGACUCGAACCCGGGGCGCCGGAGGAGCGGGCGCCGGAAGAGGAGGAGGAGGACAAUAUGGCCGCCUUCGCCAUCCUGGGGGACGAAGACGUCGCGCCGGAGCCGGAGGGGAAGAGCGGCCCCCCCUCCCCGUCUCUGAGGUCGGACCCGGCCCGGCCCCCGGCGGAACCUUCCGGAACGCGGCCCCUCCCGGCCCCCCGGCCCCCGGCGCCCGGCGAGGAGUCGGAGAGCGACCCCGAGGGGCCGGUGGCGGCGCAGAUGCUCUCCUUUGUCAUGGACGACCCCGAGUUCGAGAGCGACGCCUCGGCCGACGCCAGGGGGGACCGCUUCCCCGCCCUCUCGGACCUAUCGGACGCCUCGGACCCCGGCCCGGCCCCGCCCCCGCCGGCCCCUGGCCCCGCCUUCCGGCCGAAGAACCAGGCGGAUCUCUUUGGGCUGGGAUUGGAGGAGCCGGCCAGGCGGAAGGAGAGCAGCGAGGAAGAUCCGGAGAAGCCGCCUUCUUCCAAGGAGAAGAAGAAGAAGAAGAAGCGGAGCGGCAAAGAGGAAGAGAAGAAGAAGAAGACCCGCCCCAAGAAGCCCAAGGAGGAAGCGGAGGGCGCCGGGCGCAGGAAGGGGCGGGCCAAAGCCAAGGCCAGCCCCUUUGACGAGCUGGAGGCCUUCCUGGGGGCGGGGCCGGCCCCAGGGGGCGGGGACUACGAGGAGCUCUAGCCCCGCCCAUUCCCGGCGGGAGGCCCCUCCCCUUCCUGGAAACGAGUCCCGCCCCCCGUUUCGGACGGACGCUGCUGCUUUGGACGGACAGAUCGGCCUGGGGGCGGGACUUCCUGCGGUGCAUGCGACCCCGCCUUUUUGCUGUGACCCCGCCCACCG